AUGCCAAUCUCAUUUCUUUCUCCCAAGCGAAUCUUUAGUAAGAACAAGAAGGAUUCAGAAUCCAGUUCCUUAUCAACUCCGUCAAACCCGCCUGCUCCUAUCACAAAGGACGCUAAAUUUAGUCAAGAUAAUAAAUUACCACUUCCAAGGUUGCAAACACAGAACUUGUCAUCGUCUACAGUUACUCUGUCGUACGAUAGUACCCCUGGAUCACCAACCAAUGGUAAGUACCAAGAUUAUGGGAAAUUGUCUCCAUUGAGACCUCCGAAGUUCGAAAAUGGAUCCGGCGCAUCCACACCAGGCAGAAGAGUGCUUAGUGAUAAAGUGAAAUCGACACCAUCAUCAUUGGUACGUCAACUGAGAGAGUUUUCGAACUCGAUGUCAAUGAACGAUCUUUAUUCGAGUCCUUCGUUGAGCUCUUAUAGAAGCAAAGGAUCCGUGUUAAGUCAUAAUAGAACGAUCACUGAAAAUUUACCGCCUGAAUUGUCUCCAGUAGUGAAUUUGAUCCAUGCACAGAGAUUGAGAACGUAUGCCGUAGGCAGUUUUAGGAUUCCAGGAAUGAUUGGAAACGAGAAGAUUUGGUUAGAGGUCGAAGCCAAGUUAACGGGGAACGAAUUGGCCAUCUGGAGGCCUUCGGAUGAAGAUUUCACUGUUGAGAGUGGACACGAUGAAUUUAAACCUAAAUAUAUUAACCUCAUCGACAGUCAUAUAAGCGUUAAUCCAAAAGAGCUUGAGUUGAAUAUCAUACAAGACUUCAAUGAAAACUAUACUAUGGUUAAACUUGAAACACAGGAAGAACUCAGAAAAUGGGUCGCAGCAAUCAACUUGUCGAAAUUCGAAUAUACUUCGUUGAACGAAGCAUUCACGGCCGUUAUGUUGUCUCUCAAAGGACCAAAAUUAUCUGACGUUCACAUUUUGUUGUCGCAAAAGAAGAGAUUUCCUAGGUUUGAAUGGUGUAACCUUAGAUUGCCUCAAAUAUCGUCUAAAUGGGUAAAAUUGUAUGUAGCCAUAAUUCCCUCUGAUUCUAAGAGGAACGGUUGCAUUGAGAUUUAUGCUGAUGAAAAGGUUUCUAAGAAGCAAUUGGUUGCAUACAUUCCUAAUCUUUCCAGUAUUUUCAAUGUUUAUCCCGAACACGUCAACAUGAUUGACUUUAAUUCGAUCAUGAAAUUAAACGGUGAAGUAUAUAUCAGCAAACAUUUCCAACACUUGUUUGUUCACAAUGAACCAACUUCGCCAGCUCGAGCUGCAUCAUCGAACUCAUUAUCGUCAUUGUCUAAUUCAGUCAAUUUUACAGGAGGACAUUCUAAAAACCAGUCUGUUACCUCAGCUUCGUCAUUUUUCAAUAAUGCGUCCUCUCCUAAAUUGCAAGAUACUGGGGCAAAAUCCCCAAAGACAUCUACAACAUCGUUUUUCAAGAAACACACGGACUCAUUUGUUUCAACAAAUUAUUUGUACAUUAUGCCAAUACCACACCCUGGUGUUUCUGCUAUUGAAAUUAUGAUCCGUAACUUUAUACACAUCAUUGACUCGUUCAAGUUAUACGGUAGACCCCAACACUUGAAUUCCGAUAAGACUAACCAAGAGUCUUUACUUUUUGGUAUACCUUCAUUACCGCUGUAUCAAUAUUUAUCUGUUGAAAAUGCCAUGGCAGUCAUUGGCAAUAACAUAGGGAAAUCAUCAUCAACUAACUGGGAUGAAUUUUUCUGGAGACGUGCAUUUAAAGAUUAUAUUUCUAAAUUGUAUCCAAUUUAUAAGGGAGACAGUAAUAUUUAUGAUUUGUACAACAGCUUGGAGCUUGAUGCCAAUGAGAUAUACAACUAUGCAGUUGAAUCGCCAAAGAUCCAGUUUCCACCCUCUGGUGGAAUGAGAUCCCAAUCUAACUCUCUCUCAAAUCUGGAAAUCAGGAACGUGGAUUUCGAUAACUUUAGUGAGCCUCCUGAGAGUCCUCUUAUCAGCAACUACAACCAAAACCAAGAAUACACUCAAAGCUACAGCGAAAACUACAGCGAAAACCUUAACGGAAACUACGAUGAUGGUUAUAACCAAAAUUAUAGCCAGAAUGGUACUUUAGGUGAGCCUAUCGAUUUCGGUUCUCCUAACCUGUCUGCUCCUUAUGACAGAACCUUGGAUCCUAUUGUAGAUUUACCUACUCCAAGAGAAGAAAUUCACCCAUUCAAAAACCUUGCUCCUGCAACUAAUCAAUAG